AGUAUACAUGCCUGCAUGCUCUGGCAGAGGAUCUAGGAAGGUUGGCGGUCAGAGGCAGAGGAGAAAAGGCGGCCACGCACAUCAUGAUCGGAGACUUCAUCGCUUGAAACCCGACAACUCAGAUCUUCGAGUCCAGCUCGCAUCUCAGACAAGGCACCAUGAUUCCUGUGAUGGAAUUCCGGCAGUUUUCUGAACAGCAGACAGCGUUCAGAGUCCUGAAGCCGUGGUGGGAUGUGUUCACUGACUAUCUGUCUGUAAUGAUGCUCAUGAUUGGCGUCUUUGGAUGUACUCUUCAGGUAAUGCACGAUAAAAUUAUAUGCCUUCCUCAGAGAAUAUCAUUGCCUUCAGACAACAGCAGUGAAGUAGGGUUGAAGUCACCAUUACAUCUGCAGUCCAACACCUCAACUGUACCAACAGGCCUGAAGACCAAUCUAGAUCUUCAACAGUACAGUUUCAUCAACCAAAUGUGCUAUGAGAAUGCCUUGCAUUGGUAUGCCAAAUACUUUCCCUAUUUGGUGCUCAUGCACACUUUAGUUUUCAUGGUGUGUAGCAACUUCUGGUUCAAAUUCCCUGGCUCAAGCUCUAAAAUAGAGCAUUUUAUCUCUAUGCUUGGCAAGUGCUUCGACUCUCCCUGGACCACACGAGCUUUGUCGGAAGUGUCUGGAGAAAAUCAAGAAGAACAGGAUCAUAAAAAGGGCACCGCUUCUAGGUCUAACAUUCCUAUGUCUCCGGGGGAAGGCAGCCUCGAGAAGACGCAGUCCCUGCGUUCUAUUGCCGAAAAGAUUGUUGUUGACCAGCCAUCAGCAAGUGUUCUUGAUAAAAAGGAGGGUGAACAAGCUAAAGCUCUGUUCGAAAAGGUGAAGAAGUUCCGUUUGCAUGUUGAGGAAGGAGAUAUCCUUUACCUCAUGUAUGUUUGCCAGACUGUAUUCAAGGUGUUUAAAUUCCUUGUGAUCAUUGCUUAUAACAGCGCUCUAGUAAAUAACGUAAAUAACACAGUACGUUGCAACGGUAUCGAGGAGAUCCAGAACAUGACAGGCUACAAAGUCUUUGAAUGCAAUCACACCAUGGCUCAUCUCUUUUCUAAGCUGUCUUGCUGUUACCUGUUCUUGGUGUCUGUCUAUGGAUUAACAAGCCUCUACACCUCCUACUGGCUGUUUUACCGCUCACUGAAAGAAUACUCAUUCGAGUAUGUGCGACAGGAAACGGGCAUCAGUGACAUCCCAGAUGUCAAGAAUGACUUUGCUUUCAUGCUUCACAUGAUUGAUCAGUAUGACCCACUGUAUUCCAAACGAUUUGCAGUUUUUCUCUCCGAAGUCAGUGAAAACAAACUGAAACAGCUCAGUCUCAACCAUGAGUGGACUGCAGAGAAACUGCGUCAGAGACUCCAGACCAACUCCAACAACAAACUUGAACUACAGCUGUUCAUGUUCUCUGGUUUACCCGACACUGUCUUUGAACUGACAGAGCUGCAGUCACUCAAGCUGGAACUAAUCAACAAUGUCACCAUCCCUGCCUCAAUCUCACAGCUGCAAGAUCUUCAGGAGCUGUCUCUUUACCAGUGCUCUUUAAAGUUGCACACAACUGCUACGUCCUUCCUCAAAGAGAACCUGAAAGUGCUUCGUGUGAAGUUCGAUGACAACAGAGAACUUCCAAACUGGAUGUAUGGCCUGCGAAAUUUAGAGGAGCUCUAUCUUACUGGGUCCCUCAGCUCUGAUGCCUCCAAGAAUAUAGUUCUUGAGUCUCUGCGGGAAAUGAAGUGUCUCAAAAUACUCUCCCUUAAGAGCAGCUUAACCAAGAUACCCCAGUCGAUUGUGGAUGUUUCCAGCCAUCUGCAGCAACUCUAUUUACACAACGAUGGCACUAAGCUAGUAAUGCUCAACAACCUGAAAAAGAUGACCAAUCUAAUAGAGCUGGAGCUAGUACGCUGUGAUCUGGAGCGCAUUCCGCAUGCAGUCUUUAGCCUAACAAGUCUGCAAAAGCUUGACCUGAAAGAGAAUAACCUUCGUUCGAUAGAGGAAAUUGUCAGCUUCCAGCAUCUGCGGAAGCUCACUUGCCUCAAACUCUGGUACAACAGCAUCAUGUACAUCCCAGAGCAUAUCAAAAAACUCGGCAGCUUAGAGCACCUCUACUUCAGCCACAACAAGAUUGAGAUAUUGCCCUCACACCUGUUCUUGUGCAACAAGCUGCGCUACCUGGACCUAUCCAACAAUGACAUCCGUUUCAUUCCUCCAGAAAUCGGAGUUCUUCAGAGCCUGCAGUACCUUUCUGUCUCUUGCAACAAAAUUGAAAAUCUACCAGAUGAACUGUUCUUUUGCAAAAAGCUGAAAACGCUAAAGCUUGGCAAGAACUCGCUGUCCAAACUCUCGCCAAAAAUAUCCUAUCUAGCUCUUCUGACCUACCUGGAGCUCAAAGGCAACCACUUUGAGUUCCUGCCACAGGAGCUUGCUUUCUGUCGCGCUUUGAAGCGCAGUGGCCUUAUAGUUGAGGAGACACUGUUUGAAACUCUGCCUUCAGAUGUCAGGGAUCAAAUGAAGGCUGAUAGUGCGAAGAAUGGACGGAUUCAUCUCAUCAGGGAAACAUGGCAAGUGAGAAGAGGCGUUGUUCGGUACUGCUGGCAUCCGCAAAACCGGAUCAGACUCCCUGAAGGAAUGUUCACGCUCACAGAAGUAGCCUCCCUGAAUGACAUCCAGCCAACUUACAGAAUACUGAAGCCAUGGUGGGAUGUCUUCAUGGAUUAUCUUGGUAUUGUCAUGUUGAUGUUGGCCAUAUUUUCUGGAACGAUGCAGUUAACUAAGGACCAAGUGGUUUGUCUUCCCAUUCUGGAGCAAACUCCAGAGCGGUCCGGGGGUUUCUUGGAACCUGAAGCACCAGAGCCAACCAAUGGCUUUUGGAACAAAGAGAGUGCCAUUGGGGAGCAAGCUGCUCCUCUCAUGGCUAAAAGGCCUCCCGAUAGCGUCACGCCUACCAUUCACUUCACACAGCCAGCUACCAUCGGACAGCCCUAUCCUACAGGCGUCAGGACCAAGCUGGAUUUUCAGCAGUAUGUUUUUGUCAACCAGAUGUGCUACCAUGUCGCCCUACCUUGGUAUUCAAAAUAUUUCCCAUACCUUGCCCUAAUUCACACUAUUGUGUUGAUGGUCAGUAGCAACUUCUGGUUCAAAUACCCCAAAACAAGCUCAAAAGUAGAACAUUUUGUUUCCAUACUGGGAAAGUGUUUUGAAUCACCUUGGACUACCAAAGCUCUGUCUGAGACUGCGUGCGAGGAUUCGUCAGAGAACAAGCAGAGGCUGGCCGGGGCCUCCUCUCUCCUGAAACAUCUGUCCACAAGUAGCGAGGAGGGAAGUCCGAACCAGUCCGCUCCGGUGCUGACUAAAUCUGGGGUUACCUUUUCUGCUGAAAAGCUUGUGAGUGAAAUUCCCUCCAUGACUAUACUGGACAAGAAAGAUGGCGAGCAAGCGAAGGCCCUGUUUGAGAAAGUUCGGAAAUUCCGUGCUCAUGUGGAAGACAGUGAUUUGAUUUAUAGACUCUAUGCCAUACAGACAGUUAUCAAAACUGUGAAAUUUAUUCUGAUCCUGUGCUACACAAUGACGUUUGUUGCUUAUAUAGAUUUUGACCAUGUGUGUGAGCCUGAAAUAAAGCAUUUGACUGGAUAUACCAAGUUCCAUUGUACACAUAACAUGGCAUUUAUGUUAAACAAGCUCCUUGUUAGUUAUAUUGCUCUCAUAUGCGUUUAUGGCGUGAUCUGCAUAUACACACUGUUCUGGCUUUUUCGGCGACCACUCAAAGAGUAUUCCUUUGAAAAGGUCAGAGAGGAGAGCAGCUUCAGUGACAUUCCUGACGUUAAAAAUGACUUUGCAUUCCUCCUCCACAUGGUUGAUCAAUACGACCAGCUGUAUUCAAAGCGUUUUGGGGUUUUUCUCUCUGAGGUGAGUGAGAAUAAACUUCGCGAAAUCAGCCUGAACCAUGAAUGGACCUUUGACAAGUUACGCCAGCAUGUAACGCGCAAUCCUCAAGAUAAGUUGGAACUUCAUCUUUUCAUGCUAUCUGGAGUUCCGGAUGCUGUGUUUGAUCUCACUGACUUGGAAAUUCUGAAACUAGAAUUAAUCCCAGAAGCCAAAAUAACAGCGAAGAUCUCACAAAUGAUAAACCUUCAGGACCUGCACUUCUACCACUGUCCUGCCAAAGUUGAGCAGACAGCUUUCAUUUUCCUUCGUGAUCACCUCCGAUGCCUUCAUGUCAAAUUCACAGAUGUUGCAGAGAUUCCUAGCUGGGUAUACAUGUUGAAAAAUUUAAGGGAACUCUAUUUGGUGGGUAACCUGAACUCCGAAAACAACAAACUGAUUGGACUUGAGUCUCUGCGAGAUCUCAGGCACCUAAAGAUUCUGCACCUCAAAAGCAACCUCACAAAGAUCCCUACAAACAUAACCGAUCUGUCACCACAUCUGUUAAAGUUGGUUAUUCAUAAUGAUGGUACAAAGCUCUUAGUGCUGAACAGUUUGAAGAAAAUGAUGAACCUUGCAGAACUGGAACUGCAUAACUGUGAACUGGAACGAAUCCCUCACGCCAUCUUCAGUUUGAACAACCUUCAGGAACUUGAUCUCAAAUCCAACAACAUUCGCACCAUUGAAGAGGUCAUCAGCUUUCAGCACCUGAAAAGACUAACGUGUCUCAAACUUUGGCACAAUAAGAUCAUCACUAUUCCACUGUCAAUCAGCCAUGUUAAAAACCUGGAGUCGCUCUAUCUCUCACACAACAAGCUGGAAUCUCUGCCGUCACCAUUAUUCACACUUCUCAAGUUGCGGCACCUCGAUGUUAGCCAUAAUUCUAUAGUGGUAAUCCCACCAGAGGUGGGCUUUCUCCAGAACCUCCUAUACUUUGCCAUUACCGGUAACAAAGUCGAGGCACUUCCCAAGCAACUGUUCAAAUGCACCAAACUAAGGACUUUAUGCUUUGGCCACAACUGUAUCUCCUCUGUUCCAGAGAAAAUUGGCCAACUUUCUCAGCUCACACAUCUGGAAUUGAAGGGAAACUGUCUGGAGCGUCUCCCAGCUCAGCUCGGUCAGUGUUCCCUCCUUCGCAGGAGCUGCCUGAUUGUGGAGGAUCAUCUCUUUGACUCACUUCCAAUUGAAGUAAAAGAGAGCAUCAAUCAGGAAACCAGUGUUUCUUUUGCUAAUGGAUGUAAAUGUUUAAGUGAUGGACGGUAGUUACAUCCUAUAUGACAUCAAAUGUUGGCCAUUUUCUCUCAAGUCUUUGUUUUUUAAGUGCAUUAGUGCUAGAAAACAGCUAGUGCACAUGUUGGGGUUUUAGGGUUAUACACAGUAAACAUAGCAAAUACAGGGUUGGUACCACUGGAAAUGUCAUGGCUUGUGUCUUGUCUUGAUUUUUUCCCCUUUCCUUUUAUUUUUAGUUACUGUAAAUGCAUAGCAGCACCUCAAACACCUUAUACUUCUUAACCAUAGUAUUCACAAACAUCUAUAGUAGAUUAAUGGGAAGAAAUAUAUUAUUGAAAGUGUACCCCUUUUACUGCUGUGACUUAAUUUGUUAAUUUUUUUAAGAUUAACUUUAUUAUGAAUAUUUUGUGUAAAGAGUGAGAUUUAAAGGAUUGAUGCCUGCAUGUAUCUCCAGCCAGAUCUGACAAUGAAGUAUAAAGCUGCAACCUGGAGAUGAUUAGCUUAGCGUAGCUUAGCAAAAAGAUUGGAAAAAUGGGGAAACCGCUACAAUCUGUGAACUGACCAUGAAAUUAAAUCCAUGCAUAUUUAAAGUUAAAUAAGUAGCAUACAGUAUUCAGCUUGUUUGUUGAACAAAAUAAAGUGGUUUCUCUGUAUUUUUAAUCUUUAAUGUUGAGCUCAGCUAACUGUAGCUCCAUAUUUAGCAUGAAUACGUUCUAUCAAUCUUUUCAUGUAACUCUCACAAAAAAAGUAUUAUUUCUCAAAAAUGGCAGCACUUUAAUCAGAUAACGUUAGUUUCUUUGUUUUUGUGUGUGCCUUAUUUAUUUUCUGUUGUUUUUGCUGUUUUCCCUUUUAACAAACAUUUUAUAUUUAAUACUUAAAGUUAACAGAAGCAUCUCUUUCCAGAAGCAAUGUUGUCAUUUUCCUGGAUAAUAAACAGAGCUCACUGGUUUUACUGUUUUUAUCAAGCACUUUAUCUCUACUUUCAAAUCGAAUCUGUACGAGCGAUAACAGGGUGCCGUUUAUGGGAAGUGGCAUCGCUUUUUGGAUUUUUUUCAAUGCAUUUCAGUUACAAUUACAGAGAUGUGCUUAAAACUACAAAACCAAAUCUAUCAUGGAGACUGUAAAUGAGGAUGUGAUUUGAAUCCUUUAAAAAUCUCAACUUCAUCUAUAUUGUUAUUAUAAACAUUUCAAAACUGUUAGUGUCAGGAACCUCACUUCUCAUGCACAACAAGCUGAGUCUUUACCUUCACUGUUAUUCACCCUCCUCAUGUACUACCACUAACCAAUAAACCACAAUUAACUGUAUGUUCUCAUUAAGCGUAUUCCACCUUCUUUAGGCUUAUCGUGCAUUUUGAAGAUGUACACCUAUAUGUUGAAAUUUCCAUUAACCUCUUUUGCUACUGCUUCAGUCUUUAAUCUUUUUUUUUUCUUUUUUAAUCAAUAGACACCAUAUUCCUUUCAGCCAAAUCACAAAGAUGCUUUGUUUAAUUAUUGUUUUUACUUUAACUGUUAUGUCUAGUUAUGUUGUACUGUUCUGAUCAGUAUAUUUCUCAUGUAUUUUUUGUGUACUUACAUUGUGUUUUCUGUGUUUUUCUGCCCAGCACUUUGUAAACCUGUUUCUAAAAUGCGCUAUGUUACAUAAUAAAGGAAUGCUAUACAGUUAUUAUUGCUAUUAUGAAAUGCUAGAAAUUAUAAUAAAAUUGCACUGCAAUA